AAAAACAAGUUUAUUUUUUAUUUUUAAUACUAUUGAGAAGAAAAUCGCAUUGUCAACAAACAAUUGAAGAAACAAUUCAAGUCUAUCAAAUUGAAUAGUGAUUUUUAUCGUAUUUUUUUUGUCUCUGUAUUACAUCACGGUGUCGACAAUUUUUAUUUAGAGAAAGCUAUUUUACAUUUGAUAAUCUAUUGAAUUGCACUAUUGAAUACUGCAAUCGCUGUAAUUAUUUACAGUGGCCACUGUGAAUGUCUAUUUUAAUUUUUCAAAUCCCCUUCAAUACAAAUAAAAAAAAAACAUAAUAAUACAUGAAAAGACGAGUUUUGUCAGACAACAAUUACGUACAAACAAAUAAAAAAAAACAGAACAAACAGUUUUAUUUGAUUUGACUUGGCAAAUUCUAGUCAAAACAACACACAGUUUAAUAUUUCUGUUCAACAAUUGAUAUUCAAGCGAUUGUUGAAUAAAUUUUAAUCAAAAUAAUGGCACCACAACCUGAUAAUAUACCGCCACCAAAGGCCGAUUUUACAGCGCCGCCACCAUAUGAGGCAGGCGAUUAUACAUCGACCGGUCCAAUUGAACCGAGCAAAUUGCCCACAUACGAGGAAGUUCAGUUGGAAAAAAGUCUACACGGGGAACCAAUUCUUCAACAAGCAAUCUUACCGCCAUCGGUAUGCCCACCACCACAUCCAAAUCCAGCAAAUGUGACAUUUAUUGCACUAUCCGAUACCACAGAUCCGGAAAAUAUAACAUCCGAUAAUAGUUUAUUGGGCACAGAUAUAAUUUUCGUAACCGCAUUUCUGAUUGCAUUCAUAUUCAAUUGGAUAGGUUUUUUGAUGUUGACAUGCUUUUGUCACACAAUUGCCGCUCGUUAUGGUGCUCUCUCAGGAUUUGGUCUAUCAUUAGCCAAAUGGACACUUAUUGUAAAACACAACACCGAUCUGGCAUCGCAUGAAAAUUCAUGGCUAUGGUGGUUAAUAAUGGCCUUUGGAUUUUUGAUCUGUGUACGGGCAUUAGUUCAAUAUGUCAGCAUUAAACGAACAUGGCGUUUACUGUCCGCAUCAGCGCAAGAACGAUUGUUAUUCUUUUACUAGAAAACGACCGAUCCAUCUUGGCGCAUUUAAGCAACAACAACAAUAAAAACAAUGAAACUUUUCAGAACUUUCUGAUCUGAAGACUACUGUGAAAGACAACAUAAGAAAGUUUAAUCUCGAAUGUGUCAUUCUUUAUUUCGUUAAGAUAUUUUGAACUUUUUCCAUGUUUGAUCCAUUGAAGAGGCAAUUUACACAUACACACAUAUACACCAAUCGCUUCAAAUUCACAUGAGUUUUAUCAAGGUGAAAUUGAAUGAACAUUUUCAUUGUCAUACGUUUGAGUAAAAUAUGAAUGAAUUAUAUAGUGAUAUGUGCAAUUUUAUCAGAUUUUCUUUAUUUUUUUUUAAAUAUUAUGUUCUCUUUUAUUUUUUUUUUCGAAUAAAUUCUACUGGUCAGAGGAUGCAACGAAACUCAAAUGCAAUGUGUACCGUGCAAAUGUUCAGUCAGUUUCCUUUUUUGUUCGACUGCAGUGAGAUGGGCCAAAUUUAGUUCACGAAAUAUUCUUAUUGCAGUAUUUUUAUUUUCACAAUCUCUUUCUUUCAACUUCUCUUACCUUU